UAUCCCUGGGCAUUAAUGCAGAGGAGUGGGUCCAUUCUUCCACGGUUCGAUUCAGGGAGCUCAGUUUUAGCUCAGUUCACUGCCUCGCGUCAUCCCAGAGCUGCGAAUUCGUUGCUCUGUGAAGCAAUCGCAAAGCAGACGGCUCUUUUCUGUUUUCUUCUGCUCGGGAAGCAAGCACAUUAUGGCAACUCCCCUGCUUUUCAGAGGGCUUCCACUCCUCCGUCUCCGCCUCCGACUCCACCAGCAUCACCGGUUCGCCGCCGGUACGUUGACGCGCCGACCGUGGUGCGCCGCGGCAGAAUCGUCUUGGCCGGAGGAGGAAGCUUCUUGCACAGCCGAGGAGAGGACUGCUUCACUGAGCAUCAAAGAUCCACCGAAAUACGCCAGGUGGGACGAUCCUGACUUCCGUAAGUGGAAGGAUAAAGAAGCCGAGAUUCUCAGAGACAUCGAGCCCAUCACUCUCCUCAUCAAAGAUAUUUUACACUCCUCCAGGUAUAUGGAUGGGGCUCGACUAACAGGUGAAGAUGAGAGAGCUGUGGUAGAAAAUCUUCUUGCUUAUCAUCCUCACUCUGAAGAUAAAAUUGGAUGUGGAAUUCAUUCCAUUAUUGUUGAUCGGCAUCCUCAGUUCAGGUGCUCCAGGUGCCUGUUUGUGGUGAGAACCGAUGGUGUAUGGAUAGAUUUCUCCUACCAGAAGUGUCUUCGAGCAUAUAUUCGACACAAAUAUCCACCUCAUGCAGAGAGAUUCAUUAAAGAACAUUUUAAACGUGGGAGCGGUUGAUAUCUCUUCAAGGUCAUAUCAGGUCGGUGCUUGAUUUCAAACCUGGGGAAGCUUUGUUGAUUCAAUGGUUCUGAGGCAAGUACCUUCAACCAUCUUUGGAUUUUGCCCUAGGCAUUGCCCCCCGCCCCCCCCCCCCCCCCCCCCCCCCCCCACACACACACACCCUUUCGUUACCAAUUGUCAAUGUAGCAGAUAAUAUAGUUGACCAACUUCAUGUUUAUUAACUCAAGUGGGUAAGGAUUAUGAUUGAAGUGGAACAUUUCUUGGCCCUUAUACUGUGUGCAUUAUAAUUGAAAGGCAAUACAUAAUCUUAUCUUAA